AUGUCUACCUUAGCCGACGAGCUGCUGAAUGAUUUCGAGGACUCUGGCUCUGAAAGGGAAGAGGAGGACCAGAACGGGACUUUGGACAAUGACGCAACACCCCCAACAAACGGAGCCCACCCCGAUGGCUCCAUGGUUCUGGAUGGCGACGAGGAAGAGCCGGACGAUGAAGGUAUGAGUAUAGAGGAGAGGAAUGUUGCCAACGCAGAGAAUGAGGAGGAUGCAAAAGCGAAAGUAGAAAAGAUGCAAUUCGGUGGUGUGAACGACGUGCGAAAUGUUGCUAGUCUGACGAAGACUUUGGAGCCAAUAUUAGAGGUAAGCUACCCUCGUUCCCCUUCCGCACCUCUGAAUGCCGUUUACAUCUCUUGCAAACAUAGCCCUGACGUCUACCGUCACCUCCAGAAAAUAGCACAUUACCAAAACCUCCCACCCGAAAAGCAGACGACUUUUAUAGGCUCAAUCGAAGACAAUCCUGAAUACCACCUCCUGACGCAGUCCAACACUCUGUCGACAUCCAUCGACAGCGAAAUCAUGCUCGUCCACAAAUACAUUCGUGAUCAUUAUUCCUUUCGGUUUCCCGAGCUAGAACGUCUCGUUCAAAACCCCCUCGACUAUGCAAAAACCGUCGGAAUAAUAGGAAACGGGCCGCUGGACAAAGAUAGUAUGACGAGGAUCAAACAGCAAUCGGAUAACGUGGUAGGUCUACCGCUCAACAAGGUGCUCGACGCCCCAUCUGUCAUGGUUGUCACCGUCGAAGCUUCUACGUCAAGAGGACAGGAGAUGUCAGAAUCUGAGCUGCAGCGUAUUGUGCGAGCAUGCGAGAUGACAAUGUCGCUUGACAAGGCCCAGAAAAUCCUUCGAGACUACGUACAAUCACGAAUGAAUAUCUUCGCACCGAACCUGACGGCUUUGAUUGGAUCCGCUACUGCUGCUCAAUUGAUCAGCGUCAAAGAUGGUAUUAAUGGGCUUGCAAAGACACCAGCUUGUAAUCUGCCACCGCUUGGCUCAAAAAAGCAGACGCAGACCGGGUUUGCUACGAACGUUGGCAUCAAGCAUCAAGGCUACCUCUACGACUCGCCCCUGGUCCGGACGGUACCCAUCCAUCAGAAGGUCCAAGCCAUGCGUAUCGUGUCUGCGAAAGUAGCUCUUGCCGUCCGAACAGAUAGCGCACAUCACUCACGGGAUGGUACAGCGGGAGAAGAAUUCCGCCAAAGUUGCCUUGAACGUCUAGAGAAACUCACAGAACCGCCCCCUAACAGGGGCGCACGAGCCCUACCAGCCCCAGACGACAAACCCGCUCGAAAGCGAGGUGGACGAAGAGCGCGGACAGCCAAAGCCCAAACGGCCAUGACUGAUUUACGGAAAGAGCAAAACCGUCUCGCAUUCGGCAAAGAAGAGAAGGAAGUCGGGUACGCAGACAGCUCUAAAGGCUUAGGCAUGAUCGGGCAAGGAAAUGAUGGGCGAGUCAGAGCUCUGCAGAUCGAUCCACGCACCAAAGCCAGGCUUUCCAAGAGCAACAAAGGCUGGGCGACACCAGCUGGCUCUGGGACGGCGUCCUCCCUCCGCGGCUUCGGCCAGACGGGCAACUCUACCGUCCUUGGACCCGGCGCCGGGUUACGAAGCGCGGGCGUUGGUGGGACGGCGAGUACGAUUGCAUUUACGCCCGUGCAAGGGCUCGAGUUGGCGGAUCCGAAGAGGCAGGCGGAGAUGAAGCGGAAGGCGGCUGAGGAGACAGAUCGAUGGUUUAAGGGAGGGACUUUUACGCAGAUCAAUGGGACGGGUGGGGCGCAGAGUAAGGCGCCUGGUGAUGGCGGCGGGGGUGGAGGAGAGAAGGACGGCUUCAAAGUGCCUGCUUUGCCUGCUAGGAAGAGGGUCAAGGAAGAGUAG